AUGAAUCUGGCAUAUUUCCCAAUCUUAUACAAUUACUGUAAAGGUAUUUUGUGCUGGAUAUAUCCAAUUAUAGGGAUUAUGUAAGAUUAUGUAAACUAAAAACUGCUUUCUUCUUUUGUUUUCUAAUAGGAUUGGUAUAUGAAUUAUAAACUGGUUUGUUAAUGAUAAUAUAAUUACAAAAUAAAAAAAAAAUAUUUUGUAUCAAAACGAGAGUUGAAUUUUAUUCUAAAUAUUUUUCCAAGAUAAUUUGGAUUCUCUUAAAUACGUUUUGUAACUGAAUGUCGCGCCAUGAAUUAAUGCAUGAUUCAACCGCAAGGUGAUGUCUGAACGUAGACAUUAGUUAAAUGCCUCGGUUGCAGUAUUGAGUGUGAUGUAGCUGUGUGACGACGCGCGAGUACGUUUCACUCCAUUAUCAUUUCGAAAUGAUGAGUAUUUCCGCGGUCCCGGAGUGAUUCAGUGUCGAAAUAUUUCAGACCGUUUUUGACGGCUGAUCCACGAUGGUUGAAUCAAUUGGGAAGCAUAUCGAAAGAAAUCAACGUAAGUUUUAUAAAGAAAAGUAUCUAUGGAAUAUAUAUUUUCCUAGUUCACGCUAUCAUUAUUUUCUAUUUGCUGAAUUUCUGCAUUCUGUUUCGCUUAUACUUGUACACGAUUAUACAUGAUACUGAAAGUAAUGUAUCGUUGCAUAGCAGAAACCUUCUUGUUGGAACUUUCAUCGUGACAAAUAGUUUUAUUUACGUCGGCGACGUUGCUUUUCUAGAUAGAAAGUUGCAUUCAAUGAUGCGCGAUAUGUGGGCUACGCACAGGCUCUCUCGGGUGAAUGCAUUCGUAAGAAUGCAUUCACGUCCGCCGUGUGUGUUCCUCUUCUGCUUUAUGUAAUUUUACUACGGACACCUGUCCGUCAGGCUCUCGAGUAUCGUAUCAAUAUCGGCAUUUAAAAAAGGGUAUCCAGAAAGUCUAGCUACUGUGUAGAAUUUUCAUUUUUAUUAUCAAUUCAAAUAUUUGAAAUAACAAAUAAAGGAAUUUUAUCCAAUCUGGAUAACACGAACUGCUAAUCCUAAAAGAACGAAAAGAAUGUUUUAGAAUGUCGGCUGAAAUGUGUCACAAUUCGUGAAAUAUAAUCCAUGAUUCUGAUACGGUGUGUUUCUUACCGACGAUAUUUCAUUUCGCAUUUUGUUGUACUAUUGUAUUACAUAUAGAAUUUAUAAAUUAAGGCAAUCUGUUGUUAACUGCAAUGUAAAAUAUUUGAUUUAAAUUUGAUGUAUAUGUGUGUAUUUAUAACUUUUCAAAUUUAAUUCUUUUAUUAUUUAUAGGAUAUUAAGGUAGUACUAAAGAAAUGUAAAAUGGCUACAAAAACAGAAGAUACAUCUAUUGAUAAUACUAAUGAUGGUACAAAAAUUAUUUGCUAUUGCUUUUAAUUGUAUUUGUAUGUAUUGCAUGCUAUUACAAUACGCGUAAUUUUAGGAGAAAGCAUGGACAAAGAGGUACUAGCAAUUAGUGGAAGUGAUGAAACUAAUCAUCGCAUUCCACCAACAUAUUUGUAUAAUUCAGGUUCUGAACAAAAUACAGGAAUAUCCAAUCAGGAACAAACCAAUAGAAAUCAUACUCAGGCUACAGAAGAUCAAUUAGGACCUCUACCACCAAAUUGGGAAAAAGCUUAUACAGAUACAGGAGAAGUUUAUUUUAUAGAUCAUAACACAGGUACUUCUCAUUGGUUAGAUCCACGUUUAUCUAAGUUUCAAAAAAGAUCUCUUGAAGAGUGUUUGGAUGAUGAAUUACCAUAUGGUUGGGAAAAAAUAGAUGAUACUCUUUAUGGUACAUAUUUUAUUGAUCAUGUAAAUCGUAGGACUCAAUAUGAAAAUCCUGUACUGCAAGCUAAAAGGGCACAACAAAGUUUAGGAGAGAGAAAGAGUCCUAACUUUACAAGAAAUCCUGAUAAAUUAAAAGGCCAGAGAAUCAGAACAACUUUGAUAAAGAGUUCAAGAGGAUUAGGAUUUACAAUUGUUGGUGGGGAUGACUCAGUUGAGGAGUUUUUACAAAUUAAAAGUGUGGUACCAAAUGGUCCAGCAUGGUUAGAUGGAAAAUUACAAACUGGGGAUGUACUAGUAUAUGUUAAUGAUACAUGUGUUUUGGGUUUUACACACAAUGAAAUGGUAAAUGUUUUCAAAUCAAUUAGUAGUGGUGAAACUGUUGCAUUGGAAGUGUGCCGUGGUUACCCAUUGCCAUUUGAUCCAAAUGACCCAAAUACAGAAGUAGUUACGACUAUUGCUGUUAAUGCACCAGAUAUUUUAACAGAAGAUCCCAGAAUGUAUAUGGAUUUAAACCCUGCUCUGCAAAGUAAUGGCCGUUUCAAUUUUUUGGAUUCGACAUUCUUGCCAGUGCAUAGUCUUCAAAAUGGUGAAAACCUUGCUACAACUUCUGUCAAUUCAAUGCCAGAUCUUUGUAUUUCGGAUAAGAUUAAUACGAUUAAGAGACCUAGUAGUACAGAUAUAUUAUUAUCUGAAAGCAAUGAUUUAAAUGAUUGUAAAGACUCAUCAAUGUCUUCCAAAUCAGAGUUUCUCAGUAUUGCGAUUGUAAAAGGUACUAUGGGAUUUGGAUUUACAAUAGCAGAUUCAGCUCAUGGUCAAAAAGUUAAAAAAAUUUUAGAUCGUCAACGUUGUAAAAAUUUAAUGGAAGGUGAUAUUUUAGUAAACAUAAAUGACAUUAAUGUGAGAAAUAUGUGUCAUUCAGAGGUAGUACAAGUUUUAAAAGAUUGUGCUCGCAAUGAAGAGGCAUUGAUACAUGUACAGAGAACAACAUCCAAAUCGAACGAAAAGAAGGAAAAGAAUUCACAGGAUUUCUUUAGAAGUAAAACACCGACAGCUGAUAUUUAUAGUACUCAAACAAAAACUGUUGUUCCAAGUCGACCAAAAACCCCACUUAUCGAUACUAGGAAUCGUCCAAAGUCUCCACCCAAUGCAAUCAGAUCAAAUUGGAAUGAACAAAGCGAGAACGAAUUAAACCCACUCGAUAAUCGAUACAAAUAUUCAGAAUACACGCAUAGCAUGUAUUAUAACGAUCCGUAUAAAGCAAAUAUUGCAAAUUUAUCUGACAAUUUUGUUACAAUGACGAAUUUAGAUGAUGAAUCUGUAAGAAAUGGUGUAAAAAGAGAUUGGGUUACAAAUGAUAAAUUAAACAUAAGUAAUGAUGUAUAUUCUAUUGAUAUACCUCACCAUGAUAACAUGUUAAAACAGAAUGGAUGUUUACAUUCAGACUACUAUAAAGAUUUGUAUACAUCACAGUCCCAUUCUCAAUAUAGUGAACAGGAUUAUAAUGUAUAUUCCAUUGGUCAAGAACAAAAUGUUGAUACUGGUGAAAUAUGGGAUAAACGGAAAGAGACUACUAGUUUUGAACAUGAGCAACCACAUUCCAGUUCAAUAUCACGAUAUCCUCAAUAUAGCAACGAGUUAGUGUGUCCGAUCGUGCCUGAUAUAGAAUGGAUAGAAACGCUGGUAACUUUAGUAAGGCAAGAUACAGGAUUUGGAUUUAGAAUAGUUGGUGGUACAGAAGAAGGAUCUCAAGUUUCGGUCGGACAUAUAGUACCUGGUGGAGCAGCAGAUUUAGAUAACAGAUUAAAUACAGGUGAUCUAAUAAUGUCUGUCGAUGGUGAGAGCGUCAUGAAUUCGUCGCAUCAUCAUGUCGUUCAGUUAAUGAUAGCUGCUGCACAGAACGGUAGAGUCACUCUAGGAAUUCGUCGUCGAAUUAAUACUCAAGAACAUCUUCCAGAAAAUCUUCAAACUUCAUAUAAUAGACAAAUGAAUCUCCAGUAUCCUUAUGAUGUGACGGUUACUAGAAUGGAAAAUGAGGGUUUUGGUUUCGUUAUUAUUUCCUCGGUUAAUAAAGCUGGUUCGACAAUAGGUAGAAUAAUUGAAGGUUCACCCGCGGAAAGGUGCGGGCGAUUAAAUGUUGGUGAUCAUAUUCUUGCCGUUAAUCAUGUAGAUAUUACAAAUGUUUGUCACAAAGACAUUGUGAAUUUAAUUAAAGACUCGGGUUAUUCCGUUACAUUGACAAUUGGUUAUCCUCUUGAUGAUUGUUGUAGUAAUACGUCUCUAUCUCAAAAGGAUGAACUAACAUGCGAUGGAGAUGGAGGUCAAUAUCAUGCUGUGGAAUUGACUCGUGGAACUAGAGGAUUUGGUUUCAGUAUUCGUGGAGGACGUGAAUUUCAAAACAUGCCAUUAUUUGUUUUACAAAUUGCAGAAAAUGGCCCAGCAUCUAUUGAUAAUCGAUUAAGAGUCGGUGAUCAAAUAAUCGAAAUAAAUGGAAUUAAUACUAAAAAUAUGACACAUACAGAAGCGAUUGAAAUUAUACGAAACGGUGGACCAUCCGUUCGACUUUUAGUUCGACGCGGUUGUCAGAUGCCUUCAGUGGUAGGUGCUCCUCCACACCUCUACGAUAUGAAUAUAUGAAAUUAACCAUCCUGAAUAACAUUAAUAUUAAAAACAUUAACGAUAUUUACUUUUGCAAGUGAUGAUACUAAUGCUAACGUUACCCUUUUAUAACUUUCCUUGAUAAUUUUACUUUGAAGCUUCAGAGUUUAACAUUAGGUAUCAUAAUAUAAAAAAAAAAAACAUUUAAAGACAAUAUGAAAAAGAAAGGAAUGAUUGCAAGAAGUUGUUUUAUUACAGUGAGAGUUAGAUUAAUAAAAACACACACACACACUGUUUUAUAGUACUAUAUCAUUUAGUACAGAAAUAUCUGGUGCAAAUGGGAAACAGUGUGUUAUAUUGUAUAUUUUAUGGAGUUGGUUAUACAUAUAUGUAGGUAUGUAGUAAGAUAUAUACUUUUUAUAUGCGACACAUUGAAAUCAAUUUUUACAACACUCACAUGUCCAGCUUUUAUAUUUGAUAAUAUGACUAGAGCUUCAAAUUAUACAUAUUGCAAUUCAGCAAUAUUAAUACAAAUAUUGUAGACAUGGUUGUUGAUUUUCAAUGAAUAUAAUAGUAUUAAUAUUAAUUAUGUAUUAAUUAUAAUAUGUUUUAAUAAUUAAAAUAAGACGUUUUAUAUACUUUUAAAUUGAAGGAAAGAAUAUGUGAACGACUUUUCUUGCAGCUACGAAUAUGUCUUGUGAAAAGUCCGAUUUAUAGGGAUGAUACUCAUUCUAACAAAAUUGGACUGGUGCUAACUCUAUUUAAAUUAUCUAAUUUCUGAAAAAACAAAAAUAUUAAUUCAUCCUAACACGUGUGAUAGCUUGAGAGUAUUGUGCCUUACGCGUGUUCCAUAUUUAAUAACAAAAUUAUUAAGUAAAAACUUAAGCUUCUGGAGUAAUUAUAAAUUUUUUUAUUGAACUUUAUUGUAGAGUAAUCUCACAAUCGACCAAAUAAGUAUUCGACCGAUUGAUGAGGGCACCCCACGCAGACAUUUAUUGAAAUUACACGAAAUGGGUGUGUACCCUAAAAAACGUCAGAAAGUUCGAUUUUUUAUUUUACUCAACUGUUGUUCAUCUAAAAACAAAUAUUUAUGAUAUGCAGCUAUUUGAUAUAAACUUAAUAUUUUAUUCAUAAUUUCGUAGAAUUAGAGAUCAACUUUCAAACAGAGAAUUUUCAGAAUCUUUUACUAUUAGAUUAUUUUAGAUUUUUCAUAAUGUAAUUGUGUAUUGAAAUUCAUUGUAUAAACGUGAAUUGAUGUAACCAAAUACGGUAAACUGUGAAUGUUAAUGGAGUAUGAUCUAUUUGUAAUAGCAAAUAGUAUUGAUACCCGUGAAACAUACAGAAGUUACCUAUUUUAAUGUAUGUAUAAAAAAACGAUUUUGUACUGACAAAUUUUCAACAAAAAAAUCUCUGAAAAUAGACUGAAAAGUACCAUCUAAAUUAAAUAUUUUUAUAUACUCUGUAAUAAUACACUCAGGAAUCUUUUGAUAAAUUCAAAUAUUAUUGUGAUUUUAAUCAUGAAACUUUUGAGUAUACAACUAAUGAAGAAUCUCAUUGAAUUUAUGCUUUAUUUUCUUACUUUUUGAACAACAUUUAAAGAAUAUAUAGUGUCGAUAUUGUUUUUGUUUUAAUAUAAUAUUUAUUAUUAAUUGUAAUAGAUAUAUAUGCAUAUAGCAAUAAUUAAAUUAAGUACUGAUGCAACCAAAGAAUUAAAUGCACUCAACAAACAUUUCAAGAUACAGUGCAAAAGAUUAAUACAAAAAUAUAUGUUACUGCAUUCACAUUAUUUAAAGCUCUCGUUCAAAAUAUUAUCUUUCUCCUAUUAAUUAUAAAAUGAUGUUUGUAAUAAAUAGAUUAUGACGAGGAAGAAGUCAUUGACGGGAUUAAAUGAAUUCUUUUUAUGGAAACGAUUUUUUCCAAUCUUUUUGCGACAUUAAAAUACGUUGAAUGUUGAAUGAAAUUAAUGAAUAUAUUUUUUUACUAGUAAGUUGAUAAUAAGUAAGGAAGAGUACUUAGUAAAAUACAGUAAAUUAAAUAAAAGAUUGACUUAGAUUGUAUUUCUCAAAUAUUAAAAAAAGCAUUUCAAGAAAUUUGAAUAUAUGUGUGAAAUUUUCAUUGUUCAUAUAUUUACUUAUAUAAGUAAUUUUGUUGUAUAUCUUAUCAACGAUAAACAGUGAUUAACGCAUUUAUGUAUCACAUUUUACUUAUACUACAGUUAUUAUGUUUAUUUUUAUAAUAAGGUAUGCAUAAUACAUAUACGUAUAUAGAUAUACACACAAAUCUAUAGAAUUUGUACAAUAUGUUGGAUAGUGCAAGCAAGUUUAGAGUAAUUGUAAAUAUAUAUAUUAAAGAAUUAUAUGAUAUUAUCGAUAGUUAUAAGCUUUUCGUAAAGAAUUUUAAAAAUAAUUUUUUAAUUGAAAUGUACUUACUAUCUUGUAAUUUUAUUAUUAAAAAACAAACUCCAUGUCUUCUGUAAUAAUGUUACAAUUUUUUUUCUUACCAAUGCGUAUUGUAUACGUUCAUUAUAAAUCGAUAUAUAUUCUUACUGUAUUGUAAAAUUAUUUCGUCGUCAAAUUUGUUAUUUUAUCACUGCCAUGUAAUUAUAUAAUUUUUCCAAAACAUUUUACACUUAUUGCAGACAAGUAUUCAAUAUUGUGUAAGUUCUUUGUUACUAUCGAUAAUCAUUGGUUGCAAUGAACCAAGUGAAUUUGAAAGAUUGAUGUUGUUACUAGAAUUUUAUUAUAAGAUCAUCUCAUGUUGUUGAUACGUAUGUCGAAAAUAAAGAUCUAUAAUUAACAA